UCUGAGUCUAGUCUCUGGUUUCGUUUCCCUCCCGCUUCAGUAGACGCCCAGGCGAGAGCACUGGUGCGAACUUUACUUCACGUGGACAUACUUCAUUUGAAAAAGUAGCGUUUUUCUUUAAAAUUCCUAACCUUAUAUCCACGUAAUUACGUGGAUUUGGUGCGAAUAGACACAGCGUAAUUUAAUUCCAUUUUUAUUGUUAAGUAACAACUUCAAAAUGCCAAAAUCAAAGCGAGAUAAGAAAAUUUCGCUCACGAAAACGAGUAAAAAAGGAUUAGAACUAAAACAGCACAUCAUAGAGGAUGUUAGAGCCUGCAUGGAAAGAUAUGAGCACGUAAUUCUGUUCGGAGUGGAAAAUAUGCGCAAUAACAAACUUAAAGAUUUGAGGGAGAAAUGGAAUGGUAGUAGAUUUUUUUUCGGCAAGAAUACAAUUAUUGCCCUUGGUUUAGGAAAAAAUAAAGAAACAGAAAUUGAAAACGGCAUUUCGGAGCUGACGUCACAUCUACAAGGACAAUGUGGUCUGUUUUUCACCAACGAAAGCAAAAAAAAGGUAUUAAAGUGGAUGGAAGAAUUUGAAGACGAAGACUAUGCACGCUCUGGAUUUGUUGCCCAAGAAACAAUUGAACUGCCUGCUGGACCUUUGUCAGAUUUUUCACAUAGUACAGAGCCAUACUUAAGGCAAUUGGGUAUGCCUACAUCUCUACAAAAAGGAGUGGUUACGUUGUUAAAAGAUUAUAAAAUUUGUUCGAAAGGCCAAAUAUUGACUCCGGAACAGUGUCGAAUAUUAAAACUUUUAGCCAAGCCAUUAGCCAAAUUUAAACUCACUCCCAUAGGACACUUUACAAAAGGUAAAGGCUAUACACAUGUCGCUCCUCUAUUAAAUGGCAAAGAAACAAACAACGAAGAACAAGAAAAUGAGGAACAAGAAGAUAUGGAAGAAUAAUAUGAAGUGGUAUUUUUGUUACAACUACUAUUAUUUUGUAAAAACGAAUUUGUUAAGCUCGUGUAAGUUAAGGGUGAUGCGUGUAAAGAGUAUAUUUCGAAAUACUUUGAAAGAAAUAACAUUGUAUAGGAACUGAAUUUUUUUAUUUAUCAAAAGAAUGUUGACACGUGUAAAAAAAAAAAAAGAACAAAGUUU